AAUGGAUUUCGAUCCUCAUUCAAUUAAAUGGCAGUGCUGCUGCUGUUCACUACCAUCAGGAAUGAGUCUACUUGCUUCAUUUGAAUUUGCAUUCUGUGCAAUCACUGGAUCUAUCACAAUGUACAACAUAGUCCAUCAGAAACCAGAGGAUCUAACCGCGUUCGAAGUUUGCCUAGUCGGUCUGAUGCUAUUCUUUGGAUUGACUUGUAUUAUGUUGAUAAUCGGAGUUCAAAAGCAUGCUCAUCAAUUGAUAUACCCAUCUCUUCUGGCACGAGGACUUACAACUCUUUUCCUUGCUGUUUUCGGUGUCUCAACUGUGUUCUCCUCGACAAGAUCACCUCAUGCUCCAGCUGAUAUGGAAGCCUGGAGACGAGAAAAGAAUCACGCAAACGAUGAGCCAAAUAUGGCUUUGAGAUUGGUGCUCUUUGUGUUUGCAAUGCUCUUUUUGACUGUUAUUAUCUUUUAUUGCUCUUAUCUUGUUGUAAGACUGAUUCAUUACGAGCAGGCUUACGCAAGGUUGAAGGAGAGAAGAAGCUCGUUGAUUCAAGCCGGAAUGAUCGAUCCAGAUUUCCCGAGCCCCAACAAUUAUUCAGCCUCGCGUCGCGCAUCUUCUGCAUAGAAUGUUUCUGCAGUUUCAUCAUUAAUUUUGCCUUAUCGAUCUACAUGUACGAUUAACUUUUAUUAUGUGGUACUUGCCAAAUGAACAAUCUAACAAUUCUGUAAAUAAAUUAUCAUACAACAA